ACAGAGAAAAGAGAUUAUUAGGAUGUCGAUUCUGAACAAUUUCCUCUUUCCGCCGCCGCCGUCGAUCUUCGUGUCGGCGAUGUCGAUGAUAAGCUUCACGUUGCUCACGAUCUCCGGCCUUUCCGAGAUCUUUGGGCGGCACCUCCGUUACUCCAAGUUCGGAGACGCCGGUGGUGGCCGCAGCCGCGGCUUUAAGCCUAUAUCGAGCAAAGCGGGGAUGCUUUUCCUCUAUUCUCCAGCGAUGGCGUACGCUGUUGCCGCACCGUUUGUUUUCGACGGUCUCGUUGAUGGUAUCAGGGCACGGCUUGUCGCCGCGGCACUCGCCAUCCAUUUUGCCAAGAGGGUAUUUGAGGUCUUAUUUAUUCACCAGUACAGUGGGCAAAUGGGUUUUGAUUCUACCAUUACAAUAUCCUUAAGUUAUUUUUUUUCGACCCUGACCACCAUCUACGCUCAGCACCUCACUCAAAAUUUGCCCGAACCAACAAUGGAUUUGAAAAUUGCAGGAGUUCUUCUAUUUCUGGUAGGGAUUUUUGGGAAUUUUCAUCACCAUUAUCUCCUUUCCAAGCUGAGGGUAAAAGGUGAGAAGGUUUAUAAGAUACCGAAAGGAGGCCUUUUUGAAUUGGUGAUUUGCCCUCAUUAUCUCUUUGAGAUCAUAGGUUUCAUUGGAAUAUGUCUCAUAUCUCAGACUGUUUAUUCCUUUUCUUUCACCUUUGGCACCAUUAUCUAUCUUUUAGGAAGGAGCUAUGUGACCAGGCAGUGGUACCUCAGCAAAUUUGAUGAUUUUCCUAGAAAUGUCAAGGCCUUAAUACCUUAUGUUUUCUAAUGCGCUGUUCUUGUACCGUAAUUCUCUAUUGAAUGGUUAUCUGAGAUUUACUUGUAAUUGUUAUGCUGAAUUUCUUUCAUGAUGAAUAAAUUUGUAAGAUUUAAUCAGUUCUGAUGGCCUUAGCACUGUUGAUUGAAUGUUUAUUUGAAUCAUUGUUUGUCUUGUAUCCUGAAUUGAAUAAUGAUGUUAUCUUCAGUUGAAAAUAUAAUAUUUGGAUGUUUA